AUGGCCGCGCGACAAACAGUAAUCCGGGCGGCGACUCGCCAAUGCCGCUCAAAUUUGCAGCGUUCACCGAUCACAUCACAUUCACAACCGCCAGUCUUGCAAUUUUCACGCAAUGUCUCGUCCAGCAACGAGACCACAACCUCAAAUCACAACGACACCCGCUCUGAGCGCACAACACACUUUGGUUUCCAGACGGUUCCCGAGUCACAAAAAGCUGGGCGUGUGGCUGAUGUCUUCCACAAUGUCGCCGAGACCUAUGACAAAAUGAACGACCUUAUGUCCUUUGGUUGGCACCGAGUGUGGAAGGACCACUUCGUCCGGACCCUCAACCCAGGCCUUUCUUCCGACCCCCUUAAGCCGUCCCCUCAACACAUCCUCGACGUAGCAGGCGGCACGGGCGACAUCGCCUUCCGCAUGCUGCACAACGCACACGUGCUCAACGCGAACCCCAACGUGCGCGUCACCAUCUCCGACAUCAACGCUUCCAUGUUGGCCGUCGGCCGCUCGCGCGCCGAAGCCACCCUCCCGCCGGCCCAGCUCUCGGCGCUGUCGUUCCUCGAGGCCGACGCGACCGACUUUCUGUCCGCUACCUCUUCCGCCAAGCCUCGGCACAACGUCCCGGCGCCGGGCACGCUGGACCUGUACACGGUGGCGUUUGGAAUCCGCAACUUCACCGACAUACCGGCGGCGCUGCGCGAGGCGUACCGCGCCCUCCGUCCCGGCGGCGUCUUUGCCUGCCUCGAGUUCAGCAAGGCCGACAAGCACCCGCUCUUCAACGCCGUCUAUAAGAGGUGGUCCUUUGGAGCCAUCCCCCUAAUCGGGCAGCUCGUCGCCGGCGAUCGUGACAGCUACCAAUACCUGGUCGAGAGCAUCGAGCGCUUCCCCUCCCAGGAGGAGUUCCGCGAUAUGAUUGUCGACGCUGGGUUCGAGGUCUCGGGCGACGGCUACGAGGAUCUUACGGGCGGCGUGGCUGCCAUCCACAAGGGCGUUAAGCCACUGGAUGGUUGA